AUGAGUCUUGUGGCAGGAAAACACGCUGAACAGGCGCGUAUUGAGAGUCCCAAUAAGCGCCGACAUCUAAAUAUUGGGCUCGAUGACGACGUUGGGACUUCGUCGGCCCAUUCGUUGCCCAUUGCCAACCAGUCGAUUAACCCUCACGGAUACCAUUUGCCUGUUCAUGACAAAUUCAGCAAGUCCAAGCUUCAUGAGAAACUGACCAGCAGUCAGAUCGACAAUGACGCGAGUACGUUCGAAAAGGAGCUGGUGGAAAUGUCCAAGACAGAGGCCAACGCCAAAACCCAGAGUGACAGACAGAAAUGGGAACGCCCUCCUCUUGUUGGGUUUGAUCCGGCCACUCAGGACGUGGAGUUCCAGCAGUUAGAUGCGGAGGAGACUUUGAUUGAUGAUGUGGCCGCGGUCAGGUUCUUUGGUGUCACGGAAAAGGGAUACUCUGUUCUCUGUAACGUUGUUGGUUUCAAGCACUAUUUCUACGUGCCCGUUCCCAAAGGUCUGACCCAGGACGAUUUGACAGAGUUCACCAAGUACCUUGGAAACAACUACCAGGGCGUUCUUGGUUUGGAAAUCGCGUUGAAGGAGAGCAUUUGGGGGUACAACAAUAACACCAAGCUUCCAUUCUUGAAAGUCAUGGUUGACGGCAUCAAACACAUUGGAAAGAUCAGAUCGGCGUUUGAGCGUGGAGAAAUCGAGUUCAAAGGACUGUUUCCGCCAACCGGGUCAAUGACCUUUGAUAAUAUUCAAUAUUUAUUACGGAUGAUGGUGGAUCGCCGCAUCACAGGUAUGGGCUGGCUGACGGCGCCGGCUGGGAAGUACACUCAGGUUGCUCCCAACAAGGUUGUUUCCACAUGUCAAUUGGAGAUCGUGAUUCACUAUACAGAUCUCAUUUCGCAUUCAUCUGAGGGUAAAUACCUCAGCAUGGCUCCGUUGCGUAUUUUGUCGUUUGACAUUGAAUGUGCCGGAAGAAAAGGUAUUUUCCCUGAAGCAGAGCACGACCCAGUGAUCCAGAUCGCCAACGUGGUGGCCACGGCGGGUGAGUCUUUGCCGUUUGUUCGUAAUGUGUUCACGGUGAAGUCGUGUGCUCCAAUUGUUGGUUCGGAGACGUUUUCGUAUGAGUCGGAAACCGAGAUGUUGCUCAAAUGGAAAGAGUUUAUCGUCAAAGUGGAUCCGGACGUUAUUAUUGGGUACAACAUUGCCAACUUCGAUUUCCCAUACCUCAUUAACAGAGCCCGUGCUCUGGGAGCACAUGAAUUCCCGUACUUCUCCAAACUGAUCAAUAGCAGACAGGAGAUCAAGGACACUUUUUUCAGUUCGCGUGCGUACGGUAGCAGAGAAAACAAGGUCAUCAACAUUGAGGGCCGGAUGCAGCUGGAUCUGUUGCAGUUUAUCCAGAGAGAAUACAAGCUCCGGUCGUACACGUUGAACGCGGUUUCUGCGCAUUUCUUAAACGAGCAGAAAGAAGACGUCCAGCACUCCAUUAUUACAGACCUUCAGAACGGCAAUGCAGAAACAAGACGGCGUUUGGCAGUCUACUGUUUGAAAGACGCGUACUUACCGCUCCGUCUGGCUGAUAAGUUGAUGUGUUUGGUGAACUACACAGAAAUGGCUAGGGUCACUGGUGUUCCGUUCAGUUUCCUGCUCAGUCGUGGUCAGCAGAUCAAGGUCAUCUCGCAGCUGUUCCGCAAGUGUCUGGACCUGGACAUUGUGAUCCCCAACAUCAAAUCCGAGGGAGUCAACGAGGAGUACGAAGGUGCUACCGUUAUUGAGCCCGUGAGAGGCUACUACGACGUUCCUAUCGCCACGUUAGAUUUCGCCUCGUUGUACCCGUCCAUCAUGAUGGCGCACAACCUCUGCUACACCACGCUUUUGAACAAGCAGGUCACCGAACGACUGAACCUGAAACAGGACGAGGACUACAUUGUCACGCCAAACGGAGACAUGUUUGUGAAACCGCACUUGCGCAAAGGUAUUUUGCCAAUUGUGUUGCAAGAGCUGCUGGCUGCUCGUAAACAGGCCAAACAGGACCUCAAGAAGGAAACAGACCCGUUCAAGAAACAGGUGCUCAACGGUAGACAGCUUGCUCUGAAGAUCUCUGCCAACUCGGUGUACGGGUUUACGGGAGCUACGAUCGGAAAGCUGCCGUGUCUGGCCAUCUCGUCGUCGGUGACGGCAUUCGGCCGUGUCAUGAUCGAGCAGACCAAGACAGAGGUCCAGAACAAGUACUGUAUUGCCAACGGCUACGAGUACGACGCACAGGUGGUUUACGGAGACACCGAUUCGGUGAUGGUGAAGUUUGGCCACAAGGACCUGGAAACGUGUAUGCGGAUGGGCGAGGAGGCGGCCGAGUACGUUUCGACCAAGUUCCAGCACCCGAUCAAGCUGGAGUUCGAGAAGGUGUACUUCCCGUACCUGCUGAUCAACAAGAAACGGUAUGCUGGGCUGUUCUGGACAAAUCCGCACAAGUUCGACAAGAUGGACACCAAGGGUAUCGAGACGGUGCGGCGUGACAAUUGCCGGUUGGUUCAGCAUGUGAUCACGCGAGUGCUGGAGCUGAUUCUGGAAGAGCGGGACGUGGAAGGGGCGGAGCAGUUUGUGAAGAAAACGAUAGCCGAUCUGUUACAGAACCGGGUGGAUUUGUCGCAGCUGGUCAUCAGUAAGGCACUUUCGCGCCAGGACUACGCCGCCAAGCAGCCGCACGUGGAACUCGCGGAACGGAUGCGUAAGCGUGAUGCUGGAUCAGCUCCGACGCUCGGGGAUCGUGUUGCUUAUGUCAUCAUCAAGACGAUCGGAGAUAAAAACUACGAGAAAAGCGAGGACCCAUUGUAUGUGCUAGAAAACUCGCUGCCGAUCGACACCAAGUACUACUUGGAGAACCAGCUUGCGAAUCCGUUGACGCGUAUCUUUGAGCCGAUCUUGGGCGAGCGGCGCACAAAAGAGCUUCUACAUGGCUCGCACACGCGCACGGUUGCGGUGAGUGCCGCGAAAACUGGCGGGCUGAUGAAGUUUGCGCGCAAAAGUAAUACGUGCAAGAAUUGCAAGUCACCAAUUCCGCAGAACCAGGUUCUGUGCAAGAAUUGCCGACACAUGUCUGGUGAGUUAUAUGGCCGCGAGAUAGCCCGGAUGAGUAAUCUGGAGAAAAAAUUCAGUCAGCUGUGGACAGAGUGCCAACGGUGUCAGGGGUCCCUUCACCAAGAGGUGCUAUGUUCCAACAAGGAUUGUCCGAUUUUCUACAUGCGGAAGAAGUGUCAAAAGGACGUUGUUGGACAGGCAGAGGAGCUGAAUAAAUGGGACUCUGCGGCUUGGUAA